UACUUCACUUGUGUUACUAGAUCUAGAAAUCUAGAUCUAGAUCUACUGAUCUAGAUCUAAUAAAUAAAUUGUUAGCUAGAUCUAGUUCUACUAAAAAAACAAAUACUAUCUAGAUAUAUAUUAUUCUAGAAAACGAGAUAGUCUAGGAUUCUAGUCUUAGAACUUUUAGAAGUAGGAGUCUAGAUCUAGAAAUCUAGACUCUACUCUAUCUAGACUAAUCUUCUUAGUAAUCUAGACUACUCUAGACUAGACAGAUACAUUUACUGUAGUGUGUACUGUAGUCAGUACCAGUCAGUAGUGUUAGGCUAUUUUUUUUUUAAUUGUUUGCUUUAGCAUAAAAUUAUUAAAAUAGGCCUAACAAAGUAUUAAUUUACGUAUGUCUAACCAGUUUUUUUUUUAAUUAGGCUAUCUUAAAGAUUAUGGAGCAGCUAAGAUAAUAAUUAAUAUGAUCUGCAAGCAUAAUGAAGAUUAAGCAGCUUAUGGAGUACCUUUUCUUGGAUUCUCACUUGCUUUCAUAUAAUGGAUGACAAAAGGAAAGCGUCGUCUACAACCAAACCAACAUCAAGUGAAAAUGGACCAAUCAUUCAAGAGUCCCAGGAAUCAGAGGAGUACCAGCAGGAUCUGCAGGUUGUUCUUGGCACUGCCUUUGGCGUCAUCGCAAUAGUUGGGCUUAUUGCUAUAACAUUCUUGUUGUACCGCAUCUACAAGUCUAGGCAGGCUGCAUUAUCUUAUCAAAACAAUGACAUAACUGAGGCCUUUGAGCGAGACACUGGUGUAGAAGUAAAUGGCAAGGCCCAGCCUGUUGUGCUGAUGCUGUACGCUUACGACUGCCCCAUACAUGAGAGGGUGGUGGCAGCACUGGCCGGGUUCCUCAUGGAGGCGUGUGGCGUCACCGUUACCCUUGACCUUCUUGAGGAACAUGACAUCACAGAACGAGGGGUUGAUGAUUGGCUGGUUGAGCGCCUGCAGGAAGCAGAUUACAUAAUGGUGGUUUGCUCCCUUGGUGGGAGACUGCGCUGCUCUAAGAAAAGGGUCAAGUUUAAAACAGAUGAGAGGCAAGUGUUGCCAGAUUAUUUUGCUGUUGCCGUUGAUUAUGUUGCGGAGAAAAUGCGAGCAGAACGGCAGAAGGGUUUAGAUAUGAAUAAAUUCAUCACAGCUUACAUGGAGUAUUCAACCCGCUCAGACAUCCCCCCACAACUUGAAACAGCCUUUCAGUUUUGUUUAAUGAAAGAUGUGCACAAACUUCACCUACAUUUGAAUGCUCAAGGUCCAGAUAACGACAAGGGGGACUCGGCAUCCCAGACCAGCACAUGUGAGAACCACUACCAUGAGACGGAGGUGGGCGCUGUUCUUAAGGCCACCAUCGAGCAGGCGCGGGAAUAUUUUCGUGAAAAUCCCUCCUGGAUGGAUGAACGUCUAGAACUGGAGAGCUCGUUUGGGUUUUCUCUGCGGGCUGGCAAAAACAAGAAGCGCAGGAGGAGUUCAAUGGAGCAGCCACUGCUGACUCUGAUGGGAACAGCACAAACAGCUCAUCAUGACAGCAGCUGUAAUAAUGUCAGCAACAGCAGCCACAGGUCGCAGAUGGUGCUGCCCCAGCAGAUCCCUCUGUACCAGAUGGAGCGAGGUGUCAGUAACACUCUACCCCGCACCAACCCCGCCUCCUAUUUUCAUGAGUGUGAUCAGCAUGGCUUUGGUGGACUGUUACAAAACCGACAAAAUUCCCUCCCUUCCUCCCUGGCCAGCAGUUGUAUAGUAUCCCCCAGUGCACGCCACGCCUUAUCCAAGAGCAUGGACAGUUUUGCCACGGACCCCAGCCACCCGUCAGACGGCCUGCCCUGUCUGUACUGCAACUGUUCCCAUAUGGAUGCCAGGCCAGAGUGCAGACACCUGGAGCGCCAGCAGGUCCAGGUACACACAUCCUCUAACCCCAGCCAGUCCUCUCUACACUUGUCACAGAAACAGCUCAGCACUGGACGCUCACAAACCACCAUCCUUCACGCAGAGGUCCACCAGGAGUGGGAGCAGUCAAACAAAGGCACCCCUGAGAAGAAGUCUGCCACCUUCGCUGGUGACCCAAGAUCUUGGGACUCUGGCCUGAAUGUUCCGGUACCUUUAGCCCCAUUUCAGUCUCUACCCCCUCACCAGCGCCCCCCAGGGGACCCGUCCCACUGGGACAGCCCUGUGGGGAUACGCAGGUGGGGGACGGGGCUGACCCAGAGACACACCCACAGGUCCUUGUCUAAUGCCUCUCAUUCAACUGACGAUUCUGAAAUGGGCUCAGAUAGCGAUUCACUUGAAAGAGAUUUGCGAUCCAUCCAGAAUAUUUCAUCCUUCCAGGAUUUUGUCAACUCUUCGUCUUUCAUAGGUGGCAGUGUGUUUAAAAAGUCCUCCAUCCCAGUCAGCGCUGUGGGUAUUGAGAUGAACAUCUGGCCCCACAGAGACCCACAGAACAAGUGUAGUGACCCUAGAACUGAUCUAAUAGAGUUAGUUUAACCCUCUAGGUGCCACACCUACUAGCAUUAUCUUUAACAGUGCCUGCAUCAACUAUUAUUUCUUUAUUGUUACACAACAACACCUGGAUUAACUAUGAAACAGCCAGUAGAAUCAGUGUUGAUAUUCCUGUGGUUUUAUUCAGUUUCUAGUUGAAGGCUUCAAUGUUAACAGAGAACUAGAAAGUGGGGAUAUUUGCUGUGUCAAUAGGAAAUUAUUUUCAUAUACUUUUUCUUGUCAAAGGUCUUUUCAACUAAGUUUAGCUUGUUAGUUUUAACUACUAAUUUCAGUAUCAAGGAUAAAUCUACUCAAUGUACUUGUUUUCAAGACAAAGUAACUAUAAAUUAGCUUAUACUUUUUAAAAUUAUUUUAAUUUCUUAAAGCAAAUUUGUAUGUUUAAUAACAAAUUCCCUUUGACAAAAAAUGUUCCACUAAUUUAAAAGCAAUAUUUAUAUGAUCUAAUACUGAUACCAGUGAUGUUCUCAUGAUCUAUUCAUAGCAGAGCAGAAAACAGGGGACUUAGUGGGUGAGACUGUUGACGUAAUGGGUGACAUGACAUUAUGGGUGAGACAGGUGACAUGACAUUAUGGGUGAGACAGCUGAGAUAAUGGGUGACAUGACAUUAUGGGUGAGACAGGUGACAUGACAUUAUGGGUGACAUGACAUUAUGGGUGAGACAGCUGACAUAAUGGGUGACAUGACAUUAUGGGUGAGACAGCUGAGAUAAUGGGUGACAUGACAUUAUGGGUGAGACAGGUGACAUGACAUUAUGGGUGACAUGACAUUAUGGGUGAGACAGCUGACAUAAUGGGUGACAUGACAUUAUGGGUGAGACAGGUGACAUGACAUUAUGGGUGACAUGACAUUAUGGGUGAGACAGCUGACAUAAUGGGUGACAUGACAUUAUGGGUGAGACAGCUGAGAUAAUGGGUGACAUGACAUUAUGGGUGAGACAGGUGACAUGACAUUAUGGGUGACAUGACAUUAUGGGUGAGACAGCUGACAUAAUGGGUGACAUGACAUUAUGGGUGAGACAGGUGACAUGACAUUAUGGGUGACAUGACAUUAUGGGUGAGACAGCUGAGAUAAUGGGUGACAUGACAUUAUGGGUGAGACAGCUGACAUAAUGGGUGACAUGACAUGGUUGAGACAGCUGAUGUAAUGGGUGACAUGACAUAAUAAGUGACAUAAAAAUAAAAUUUUGAUGUGUUCUUACACUGAUCAGUGGCUAUCUGUUGUCACACUGACUGACCAGUGUCUGGCUGUUGUCACACUGACUGACCAGUGUCAUACUAACUGACCACUGUCACACUGACCAGUGUUGUCUAGCUUAACAUUACACUCUUGUAUAGUCUGUACAGUUCUAUAAAUAAUAAUACUAUAGACACAAUUAUUUUGUUUAGUUACCAACAUUCUGUUGACACAACUAUUUGUUUAUAGAUUCUGCUGUCUACUAUUGCUUGUGCUCAAGUUGUAUUUUUAUCAUUGUUUUAAAAUGGCUGUGACGAUGAAAAAUUUAAUUAUCCCUUGAUAGUUUUGUGUAUUGGGACGAUCAAUAAGGAUCUUGAGAUCAAUAUUUUCUGAUCAAUAAAUCCAUAUAUUUUCUACAUUAUGGGAUUGACUAUAUGAGUGAAAAUUAUGGGACUAUAUGUGUGAUCGCCAUGGGAUUAACAUGAGACUAUAUGUGUGAUCAUGUGAGAUUAACAUGGGACUAUAUCAUAUGUGUGAUCACCAUGGGAUUAAUAUGAGACUAUAUGUGUGAUCACCAUGGGACUAUGUGUGUGAUCACCAUGGGAUCACCAUAGGACUAUGUGUGGGAUCACCAUAGGACUAUAUGUGUUGUGUGAUCACCAUGAGAUUAACAUGGGACUAUAUGUGUGAUCACCAUGGGAUCACCAUAGGACUAUGUGUGGGAUCACCAUAGGACUAUAUGUGUUGUGUGAUCACCAUGAGAUUAACAUGGGACUAUAUGUGUGAUCACCAUGGGAUUAACAUGGGACUAUAUGUGUGAUCACCAUGGGACUAUAUGUGUGAUCACCAUGGGAUUAACAUGGGACUAUAUGUGUGAUCACCAUGGGACUAUAUGUGUGAUCACCAUGAGAUUAACAUCUUGAUGUCAAUCACAUGAAGAACAUGAUGUGAUCUGUGAAAGUGCCUGUCUGUCAAAUGGAGCAGAAAUCAAAUAUUUUCACAUGGUGCUGUCAAUCUUUCCUGUCUUGUGUGUGUGGG